GUUUCUCUUGGUCCCCGAGUUCCAGGGUUCGAAAAUACGUAGCGAAGAGAGCAGGAAAUGGCAGCUUCAGUAUCUGGUAGAUCAACAAUGGCGGUUCGCGCCUUGUUAAGAGCCACCCCAAGAGUCUCAGCGCCACCAAGACCUUCGAUUCGAUCACCUUUCGUGCCUCCUCAGGCUCGAAUCUCCUCUUCUCCAUUGAGGCUGUUGCGGCGAGAAUUGAGCUCUUUUAUACCCCUUCAUAGCGCCAUAGCUUCCGCCUGCCUUGUCUCGAAGCUCCCCAACGACGUCGCCUCGUCUUCCGAAGGUCGAUUUGCUAACUAUCUCAGUCCCAUCUAGGAGGGAGCAAUGGCAGAGAUUACUAGUUCAUUUUGGUUUUACUUGAAUUUGCUUACUAGCUCCUUGAGGUGAGUCCUUUCAGCAAUCAGAACCCAUUUCUUCUGGAAGAUAACACUUAAUAUAUGUUUUAGGUCAAAUAUCAAUUCAUUGGAUAUCUCCUGACAUUUUCCUUUGUUAUUUUGUGAUUUCGAUCCAACUCUCUCGGGUGGAUUCUUUUUCUUCCUUAUUCAUUCUCUUGUUGUAUUGCUCUG